CGCCCACCGGGGUCCAGAAUAUGGCACGGCUGCCUCAGGAAACCACAGUUAUGACUUAUUUGACUCAAGUAAGAGAGGAGAGCGACGAUCUGCGUUGACAGAGCUUCAAAGAUGAGAAAAAUCAAGACAAGAAUUUUCUUAGUUGUUGGAGUCUUUGGCCUGCUGGCUUUCCAUUUCUUUAGGUACUCUGAUCAUCAGAAAACUUUCCAGAAGAACACUGCCGAGAAUAACAAACAAAAAAAGACACUCGGCAAAAACAUCUCUUACGGACACUCUUGGGAAAAAUGCCAGCAAAAUCUGACUGCAGCCAACAUCUCAGGGUUCUCAGAUCUUCCUCAGAAUAUCAAAGACUUUCUCUUCUAUCGUCACUGUCGACAUUUCCCCAUGCUUCUGGAUCUCCCUGAUAAAUGUGGAGGAGCUGAGAAAUCGGGAGACGUCUUCCUUCUGCUGGUCAUCAAGAGCUCCCCGGCCAACUACGAACGGCGGGAGGUGCUACGGAAAACAUGGGGUAAAGAGAGGUUAUACAAUGGCAUGUUGAUUCGAAGGAUCUUCAUUUCCGGAGUUUCAGGUGACGGUUAUGAAAAAGAAAGACUGAACAAUCUCCUGAAGCUGGAGCAAAAGGAGCACAGAGAUGUCCUCCAGUGGGACUUCAGUGACACGUUUUACAACCUCACUUUGAAGCAAAUACUGUUCCUGGAAUGGAUGGAGAGAAACUGUCCGAAUGCUCGCUUCCUCCUGAAUGGGGACGACGAUGUGUUUGCCCACACAAACAACAUGGUUGUGUAUCUGCAAAGCCUCAAGGGAAAUAACGGGAGCAGCCACCUCUUCACUGGUCAUCUGAUCCAGAAUGUGGGGCCCAUCAGAGCGACACAGAGCAAAUAUUUUAUCCCAGUUCAGGUUCAGAAAUCAGACUCAUACCCUCCGUAUUGUGGCGGAGGGGGCUUCCUUCUGUCAGGAUACACAGCAAUGCUUAUAUACCGCAUGUCCAAAUCCAUACAGAUUCUUCCCAUCGAUGAUGUUUACAUGGGGAUGUGUCUGGCCAAAGCCGGACUUGGCCCGUCCUCACACAUGGGUGUGAAGACAGCGGGGCUGCACAUUCCCUUCAACAAAAUAGACAAAUUGAGUCCGUGCUUCUAUAAAGACGUUUUGCUGGUGCACAGAUUCCUCCCAGCUCAGAUGUACUUGAUGUGGCACAGCACACAGAACCCAAAACUAAAAUGUAAUGACGCUUAGAAAAGGCAUAACACAACUGAACAAUGUCUCAUUUAGAAGAAUGGAGCUUAUUAAUUGUACACCACCUCAAGUGACCAUGCACUUGAAUAGAAAUUUGCAUGGACAGAAACUUUGCACUGGUACAGACUACUGGAUCAUUUCUGUCGGUCAGGUGAACUUAAAAUAUUGUUCUGUCCUAAUGAAUGUUAUUUCAGUGAUUCAUUAAGAUUCUGGACAAGUUUCUCAGGGGUUGCUUUGCAUGUUCUAUGCACGUGUUAUUCAGAUCUUGUUAGCUGUGUAAUACCAGAGAGAUUGAGACCAACAAUAAAUCUUAAAACCACAAAUUACAAAAUGCUAAUUGAAAAACUUUAAAGUAUAGGAAGGAAGCAAUAGGUGAUUCUCACGUAAAUGUUUUUGAAUAUUACAGUGUUUUUUUGUAAUAUUCAAAACACUGACCUUUAUACACCUUUUGCAGUAUGAAGAUUGGGGCUUUAAAGGAAACAUCCACCUUUCUUUAUCUUGUUUGUAACUAUGCAAGCAAGGAGAUUAGACAGUAGAUCAUUUUAUGGAUUGACAAGACUACAGAAUAAUUUAGAAUAAUUGUUUUUUUCUGUUUUAUUGUACUCUGACAGCAAUGGCUUAACUUCUUAUUUUCUUUUUCACAGAUUCGUAACCAUUAACGUCUUAGAGGACGUUUACUGGAUUUAAACUUCCAAGCUUUUCACCAGGCCAAUUUUUCCACUCGCAUGUUGCAGCUGAUAUUAAUCUAUUUAUUUGUAGCGUUACAGUUCACUAACUGAACAUUAUUGGUUGAGUUGAAAGAAAAGAUACCAGCACAAGCCUUUUACCUACCUCUUUGUGAGUUCAAGGAGCAAGGGUUAAAAAGCAUUUAACAAAAACAUAUGUGGGCUGCAUACGUCCGCAUGAAAUUUCUGGAUAUUUAAUCUACUAUUAAGUAAGCAUUGAGCAAUUCUUCUUAUGUUGUACUACAGCUGUGUGUUAGUUGUAUUUACAGUGGCUCUAAACAUUUUAUAUUUUUAAUAUGAGACAUAAAGAAAGGUUACAACCACUACUUCUUAAAACAAUUUUAUUCAAUUUCAGCACUCAGUCUUCUUCAGUUAAUUCUGUUCCUACCAUCAAUUGUGGUGAAGAUGAUGAAUAUAAGCUAAAGAUCAACUUUGUUAGCAGGUUCUUCCUUUUUUUUGCUUAGUUUUCUCUAAGGUUACAACUUUAUCACUCAGAUAUAUUGUGUAUAUUCUUCCAAAAUUUAUGACAUGACACAUGAGCUGGUCAGAGUGCAAAAGGAGCUUGCGAUUUUUUAGAAGACUUUUGCUUAUGUAAGUUACACAUUAAAAGUUUGAAAAUCUUUUUCAAUUAUCUAAAUUUUUUAAAUCUCAAAAAUGUGAAAUUUUAGCAGCAGUGUGUUAUCUCCGGAUAACAAAUUAAUUGACUUGAAAAAUGAAAACAUUUCCUUGUAAAUGGUCUGCAAAAAAUACAGAAAAUACCAUAUAAAGCACUUUGAUUCAAUAUUGAUAAAUACUACUACAGAAGUUUAUAAGAAAGUACGACACAGAAGCCAAAGACAAUGAUUUCAGCCUUUUGCAAAGCACUAUAAGAUGUUUUAUUACAGAGCAACUGAGAAGAUAAUCUUUUUAUAUAUAUUUUUUUGUUUUGUAUCUUGUCCUUUAUUCAUAUCUGUAAUAAUUUCCCAGGUUGAAUAUAUUUUUCAAAUGAUAUUUUGACUGCUAUAAUAUAAAAGCCAGUUGACGUUGGUUUGUGUUGCAUCGCCUUACACUUGAGUCACAGUUUUUCCUCUAGACUAUAAAAAUUAUUCUUUAUGAAAAACUGAAAAAUUGAUCAUGAGCUGUUGUUUUGGUCAAUAUUUAUUGUGGAAAUGAUUAAUGUGUUUCUACAUCAAAAUGACUAUGCAUUCAACUAUACAGACAUCUGCGGUGUGUUGUUUCCUAAUUACCAAUCAAUAUGAACUGUUUGCUCUGACAAGUAAACUUUUAAUUUCCUGUGUGAAUUAAAUUUCCUAAUGGACUGGGAUUUGAGGAAUUGUGAAAAUUGUAUCUAUUAUAUAUUUUUUAUAAUAAAACUCUUUGAAAUAAUG